AUGGAAAUUGAAUACUUGGCUCCGUUGAUAACGACGUUGUUCUUUUUAUUAGCCACCUUGGCAGGUAUUUAUAUUUAUUGUUGCUACUUUAGAACUGACAAGAAAGAAAACAGAGCUAAAGCACCAUCUACAGACAUAGAGGAGAAAUAUAUCGGAAGCUUUUCACCAAACUUCUUCAAUCAUUUGUACCCAUUCACUACAUCUCUUCCAUCAAGCGACCUUUGCAAUUGUGCUUUUGUUAACGUCGAGUUUUCAAGUUCACCGCCGAUUUCACCAUCCGUUGUGGAGGAAAGAAAAGCGAAGGGAAUGGAGGGCUUUAUGGAGAAGGAUGAUGGAGAAAAGUUCCAUGACAGACCGUUGUCCUUUAGAAGCAUGAGCCAUGAUUCAAGAUUGGUCAACUUUCACUGCCAGCUCCAAGUCAUUCAAGAAGUAAAUGAAGAGGAAAUAUCGGAUGGAGAGUUUGCUGUAUGUAAAUAUGAAGCGUAA